CUCGUAGCUUGUCCUGGAAAGCCGCCUGCUGGUGAAAGGUUGACCUUUGCUAGAGGUCUGCCCAUGGGGAACCCUUGUGUUCUCUUGUGUCACUUGUGGUUUAUAUAGUGUCGCCCUCCCCGUUUUCCCCUUUGCUACCAUCCCGUUCCAUCCAUAGCCAACACGUUCACAUCAUUCACUACGAUUCGUAUACCUAAUCCAUCGUCACUCACUUCACCUUUCUACUUUACUAAUUCAACCAACCCCUUCAAUCCAAAUCCUCCAACAUGUCUCUCAAAAACGACAAGUUCCCUUCAUCCGCGGCCUUUGACGCCAUCAACAGCGCUCUCACCGGCAGCGAAGCUGACCGCAAAGACGCCAUCAAGCAGGGCAACGCCGUCUUUGCUUUUGUCCUCAAGAACGCUGCCGGCGAGACCGACGAGUGGCAUAUUGACCUCAAGAACAAGGGCGAGGUUGGCAAGGGUCUUGGCGAGAAACCUACCGUCACCCUCUCCCUUUCCGAUGCCGACUUUGCCAGCCUCGUUGCCGGCAAGGCUAACGCUCAGCGCCUCUUCAUGUCCGGCAAGCUCAAGAUCAAGGGCGAUGUCAUGAAGGCCACCAAGCUCGACCCCAUCCUCAAGAAGGCGCAGACCAAGGCCAAGCUCUAAAUAAAUCUAGUUCUACAUGCGAGCAAGUCCCACAAAAACCUGCCAAAAAAAAGUUCAAAUCAUAAAGCAUGAUACCAUGAUGCUCUGUGUCAUUUCAGAAGAACAUGGUUAUCUGGAACGUGUACUGAUUGGGUGGGAUGGUGAUGGUGCUAGUUGUGUGUUUCGUGUCGUUGUGCUGUACGCAUACUCGUCUGGAAGGGGAAGCUUUUAGGUAUAGCCAGCGGCCCUCUACAGAACGUGAAUCAUGUUCAAACUGUCAGUAUUCUUCUGUAUCUUCAAUAGUCGUGACUUUCAUCCCGACGACUUUCGCAUUCAAUAGUCGCGGAUCGUCCAACGUCGUCAUUGACAUGUGACAGUGCUCGUCCAACGCCAACCACAUGC